GUGCUUUUAUUUUGCAAACUUCCGUUUGCUCGGUCUUCAUUUCUCCGGAAGAAAUUCCGUAACCCCCUCUCUAGCUUCCUCUUUCCGUCAACGGAGUUUUUAGGCCAAAAUGGGACGUGUGAUCAGGGGUCAGAGAAAAGGUGCGGGCUCCGUCUUCAAAGCCCAUGUCCAGCACAGGAAAGGCCCGGCUAAACUCCGACACAUUGACUUUGCUGAACGCCAUGGCUACAUCAAGGGAAUCGUGAAGGACAUCAUCCACGACCCCGGCCGUGGAGCUCCCCUGGCCAAGGUGACAUUCCGUGACCCAUACAGGUUCAAGAAGAGGACUGAGCUGUUCGUUGCAGCUGAGGGAAUCCACACUGGCCAGUUCAUCUACUGCGGCAAGAAGGCCCAGCUGAAUAUCGGCAACGUUCUCCCCGUGGGAACCAUGCCUGAGGGUACCAUCGUGUGCUCCCUGGAGGAGAAGCCAGGAGACAGGGGCAAGCUGGCCCGCGCCUCCGGGAACUACGCCACCGUCAUCUCCCACAACCCAGAGACCAAGAAGACCAGAGUCAAGCUGCCCUCUGGCUCCAAGAAGGUCGUCAGCUCCGCCAACAGAGCUAUCGUCGGUGUUGUUGCUGGUGGUGGUCGUAUUGACAAGCCCAUCCUGAAGGCCGGUCGUGCCUACCACAAGUACAAGGCCAAGAGAAACUGCUGGCCACGUGUCCGUGGUGUGGCUAUGAACCCCGUUGAGCAUCCCUUCGGUGGUGGUAACCAUCAGCAUAUUGGCAAGCCCUCAACUAUCAGGAGGGACGCCCCAGCUGGUCGCAAGGUCGGUCUCAUCGCUGCCCGUCGUACUGGCAGACUGCGCGGAACAAAGACCGUCCAGGACAAGGAGAACUAAUCUGUGUCUUGUUAAUAAAAAAGAAAAAUGUCCCAAGAA